AACACCUGCCUGUGAUUGACAUUGUAAAUAUGGAUGCAGAAUCUGAUAUCAGAGAGCAUUUAGAGCCUAUUGAUACUCUGCAGCAAAUAAAAGAAUGUGAAUCUCUUAAUAGUUCAGAGGAUGAAGGUAUUUUUAUUUCUCGAACUCACAAUGUUACCUGUGGGUCAGAGGCAGAGGAUAAGUCAGAUAUAAAAAGCACCAGUGCAGUAAAUGAAAAUAAAGAUGUGUUAGAAGAUCUUGAUAAUGCUCACAAGCUUAUGAUUGUCAUGUCAGACAAUGAUAGUGAUGAUGACAACAUAAAGCAAACUUUGUCCGUUGGAAGACGACGACCUGCAGUUUUGUCAGAGGAUGAAGAUUCUAGUCAGCCAAUUACACUCAGUGUUAAUAAAUUGCCUAUAAGCAGUGAUGAUGAGAGUGAAAUUGUCACUAAGGGUAUUAAAAAACGGAUUGUUCAGAGGUCUUAUUCAGAUGAUAGUGAUGAAGAUACUGCAUUGUUCCCCAAGAAAGACCCUUCACAGCAAACUCCACAAUCAUCAAAGCCCAGCUACAAAUACAGUAGUGACCUGUAUGAUGCUGAGCUCUCAGACGAAGACCAACCUCCAAACAAUACUGAGGACUGCCAGUCGCCAGGAAAGUCACAAGAAAGUAAUGAUGAUAGAAGAGCCGACAUUGGAAAAAAGAAAAAGCUGGUGAAGCAUCGUCCUCCAACUCUGAAACAGCAAAAAGAGGAGGCGAGAGAGAUUCACAGUGAAUCGCAGCGUAUGGUCCGAGAAUCGCAGAUAUCCUUGCCAUAUCACAAACCAAAGCAGAGAACCCUCAAAGAAUUUCUUAAUAGGAGGAAGAAAGUCUUGGUCCCUCAAGUGCAUCAGGGAACCAGCCUUAAAAUGAGUAUGCGCAACAUAGAAACACUGAGGUUACUGGAAGAGAAGAAGAAAGAAGUUGAAGAAUUUUAUAAGUCUGAUUCUGACCAAGAGGAUCCUGAUGACAUAGACUGGACACCAAGCAAUGAGGCUAACGGUCAAAAGGAAUUACCAAGCCAAAGAAUAGCCUUGGAAAUGGAGUUAGACAAAACAGUGGAUAAAUUGACAGGAUGCUGUGAUGAUGAACUCCCAGAUAUAACUCAGGUUAUUGAUAGUUCAUCAUCAGUUAAGGUGUUGAAUGGAGAUUCUCUUGUAGCAGAGCAACAAACCUUUGAAAAUCAAUCUCCUUCAACAAUUGACCAAUCUGGGAACAGCAGAGAAGAUCCCGCUACAAAAUCUAUGGACAAUAACAAUGAAUCAGGAAUCCACAGUGGUGUAUCUUCACCUGACAGUUCCCACCAUGGAGAUAGUGCUGCUACUGAAAAUGAUAAUGCUGCUUCUGAGUUAAAGACAUAUUUGCUAAAUGCAGGGAAUAAGAGUAAUACAAGUAUAACAACACAUGAAAAGGAGGAAGAUUAUACUAUUAUAAAUGAUAGGGAAAAAGACUGUAACAAAAUAGACACUAUGCCGCCUGCGUCAGAAAAUUUACUCCUGGAUUCCACAGCAUUUGUCAUAGGAGAAGCUGAAAAAAGUGAUACACCAAAACUGACCCUGUUAGCCUCCAAGUUACGGGAUGCUGACUUGAGUAAGAUUAUUAAAGGAACACCAAAACUUAGUUUGGGAAGAGAGGAUGAUUUCAUUGACCUUGAUGAGGAAACUCCAACACGAAAAGUAAACCCUGGUGUGAGCGAGUUGAUGGAUCGUUUUGCACGACAUUCUAGCACCAAGAAAAAACCUGCAGAAAAACAGCAAGUGAACCUUAGCAUUGUAAGUAAGGAAAAGAAUGAAGAGGGCAGUGAAAAGCUUGUGGCAUCUAAUGUGACUGUCACCUUGGAGGCCGAAGAAGAACAGCCUGCGGAAACAGUCCCUGGAGCUCGUCUGGUGUCCUUGAAGACAACUCUUAAAGCCAAGAUUAGAGAGCAGCGUGAAAAGGAAAGGAUGAGGAGAGUAAAGGAAAAGCAGUUUCUGGAGACUGAACAAGUUAUUCAAGAUCACGAUGGUGAUGGAGACCUUCCAGAUGAAGAGGCUGAGCUCACUGAUAAAAGUGACACAGACUAUGAAACAGAAUCUGAGCCGGAAGAAAACGACAUCAUCAUCAAAGAUAAAAAGCGUAAACAAAGUAUAUAUGUAGAUGAAGAGGCAGAAGAAGAUGAUGAUGAAGACAUGGAGGAGGCUGAUGAUGAUGAUGAUAAUGAUGGGCCAGAAGUAAAUGAAGAUGACAGUAAUGAUACCAUUGAGAUGCCCAGCACACGGGAAAGGAUUUCUGUGGAAGAUGACGAUGAAGAGGAGGAUAACAGUGAGCAGCUUAAAUUGCAUUGGGAAGAAUCCCAAGAUAUUCAAACAUUGCCUUGUGCUAACUCUUCACGUGUACCUUCCAUCACUCGUUCUAGUACUGAGGAUCUAUUUUCUUCUCAGGCCUGCAAAAAGAGUGAAAGUAUGGAUAAGGAUGCCAGUACCACUUCAAUGGAUUCAAGUUUUGAAAUUUUUGGUUCUGUGAUUCCUGGACACCAGCCAGGAGGAGGAAUGAAGCACAACAGAGGUGGUCAUCCUAGUGAGAGUGAAGGGGAAACUACCUUUCUCACUCCUUUUACUAAGACCAAGUCUCACUCCUCUAGCAAUACUUCAAGAGAGCGUGACUUGAGUUUACCAAUUGAGGAUUCUCAAGACUCUAGUAAUGUUGUUGCAGCCAGUAACUCUGUUCCUCCAUCCCCAGAGGGAUUAAGUCUUCACUUAACUCAGUUGGAGGAUUCACAGUUCCCACAACAUGAAUCACCUAAGAUUAAUUCAAUUGCCAAGUUGAUGCUAGAUUUCACAGACAUUGGUGAUUCACAGAAAGAUGAUUUGAUUGAUCUAUGCUCUGGACAGUUUACAGAGAAGACCCCAACUACCCAAAUAAAGGACUUGUAUGAAGAGAACCUCACCCCAUCUCAAGAAAUAGGUGAACUUGUGGGCUUAUGUUCAGGUCAUUUUGCGAGUCAAGGUAUGGAAGAGAGAGGCAAAAAGAAAAAAAAUGAGAGUAGUGUAUCCGACCUUGUAUCAUACAAGUGCAACCCAGAUGAAGACCAACACAGUGAUGACGAAGAAUUAUUAAAUCUCUGUACUGCAAAAUUUACCACCCAAGGUUCUCAAGAAAACUCUAUGAAUGAUGUAGGUGACACCGAGAAACCAGAAACUAGUUUACUAGGCAGUACAGAGGAUGAAGAGUUAAGACCUGAACCAGAGAUGAUAAUAUAUUCAUCAGAUGAGGAAGGUGCAAACAACAGACAGGCUAAGAUGCAAGCCAGGAAGAAAAGGAAGAGGAUUAUGCAAUUUUCUGAUGAUGAGGAUGCUCAGGAUGCUAUAGAAUUUGAUGAUGAAGAAAAUGAAAUUCCUCGAACAUCAUUCACUGGUUUUAAAGACAAGUUAAAGGGUGGUAUCCGAGCAGACUUUCUGGAGAAUGAAGCCGAACUCUCUGGUUCUGAUGUGAAUACAGAUGAUGAAGAGGAUGAUGAUGAUGAUAACAUGGAUGAAGAAGAGGGGGAUCUAGAACAGUAUGAUGAGAAUGAUUUAAGAGAUCAGGUUGGAAGAGCUCACUUAAAGACCUUACUGGACUCUGAUAAGCGACAGAUACGGCUCCUGCAGGAAAUGUACUUAGAGGAUGGAGAGUUGCAUGGUGAGGGGCGACAACGGCAGUUCAGAUGGAGAAAUAUGGGUGAUGAUGGUGAUGAUAAUGAGAGGAAAGUGCUGUCUGACGAGGAAGAAGGAGACGAUGAAAUGGAGGAUGCUGAGUGGAGGAAGCAAAGAUUUGAACGAGAAAAGUUUUUACAGGAGCAAAGAGCAAAGGUAGAUGAAAAUGAAACUGAGAUACCUGUAUUCAAGAUGAGUCGUCGUCCUAUUGUGCGAAGCACAUCUCUGGUAACAGACUCCAGUGCUAAAAGAGAACCCUUGAAGGCAGCAAACCCCUUACCUGUUCUAGCUGCACCACUGCCAUCAUUCAGUACUCCUGCAAACAACCCAUUUCUUUUCCAGUCAAAGCGAGGCUCUUUCUUAUCUCGGGACAAGAACACCUUAGCACGUAUUGCUGAGCUGACCAAAGAUAAGGGUAGUGUUGUAGGAGGAGCCAAGCAAGCAGGUAAUUUCGUGUUCCAGCAGCUGUCUGCUGAGGAAGUGCAGGAAAAAGAAGAAUCCACGAAGACGAAGAAACCUAAUAGCUUACCCAUAUCCAAAAAAUUAAAACUUGAUCGUACCUUCUGUAGUAUGGAUGAAUCAAGUCAAUCAACAAGUAUAUUUAAGUAUUUUUAGAUUAUAUUAUAGACUGUGUAGUGGUGAUUUUGUGAAUAUUACUCAUCUGUUUAGAAAUUAAAAGACCUUGAAAAGUGGAUGGCAGACUCUCUGUCUUUCCUUUUUUAAAUUAGAAAAUGGCACUUUUAGAAAAUUUAGAAGACUAUAAUAAAACACACAGCAAAUUAUCAUGAAUUAUGGAGAAGAUAAAUUUGGCACCAUUUUCCAUUAAAAGUUAGUCAACUUCUUAGUGUUAGCUGCACGUAUUGCAGGUCCAGAAGAUACAGGGGUUGGACAAAACAGUAUGAACACCCUGUUAUGUAAUAUAUUUUAUUUUCAGUGUGGAGUUGGUCCUCCAUUUGCAGCUAAAACAGCACCAGUUCAUAGAGGAAUUGAUUCAUAUGGCAUUUGAACAGUAUCCAGGGGAAUUUUGAGCUGUUCCUCAAGCAAAACCUGCUCUAACUCUUCCGAAGACGAAGGUGGAGGAAAUUGGCUCCUGACUUGCUGUUUCAAUUGACCUCACAAAUGCUUGAUAAUAUUUAGAUCCGGCAGUUGUGGAGGCCGAUCCAAAUGUUGGACUUCGCUUUCAUGCUCUUCAUGACAAUUUUGAGCGACUCUAGUAGUGUGAAUUGGCACAUUAUCAUCUUGGAAGAUAACACAUUUAACACGUGUAAUGCAUACAAAUUGAUCAUUCAGUCGUUCCACAGUUCAGUACUUCAAUCAGCAGGUGUUCAUAUUUUGUCUGGCUCCUGUAAAAGUGUUAAUGUCACAUGAGGAAAAAAAUAAACAGUUAAGUGAAUAAUAAAAUUAUCUAGGAAAAUAUAUGAGAUAAAAGAUGUUAAAGAAAAACUAUGAGUUUUCAGGGUACUUUUGCAAAUUGAAUUUUAAUUUUAUUUCAUUUUUUAAGAGCUUCAGUAUUAUUUAUGAAUUAAAUUUCAAAAUGCUAGUAAAAAUAGAGCUAAAUUUGUUUUUCCAUAAAAUAUAUUAUUUCUUUUA